UAGUUUCUUUAGACGUACCUGCAAACGGCAGCUAUAUAUGACGUAGAAAACCCCUGUCAACUUCAUUUUACAUUGAAAACUUGGUAAAUUAGCUCAUACUGCGUAUGACUUAACACUUCGUCAUUACCCAAAGUGAUUUUCUUUUCUUCAUAAUGAAGCCGCACGUUGAAAGCGUCGAGAUAUCGAGUCCAAUGGACAUCACUGACGGCGAGUACGGCGAAGAGCAACAAACAUGGAGUAUUUCUGUAACUAAUCUACCAAACGAUGUUUUUGAGGAUCAAGAAACAAAGGAAGUGUUUGAAAAGUUGUUCUCACCUUAUGGAAGUGAAAGUGACAGAAGCUUCAUCUACUUAAAGACUUUUCAUAGAGCAAGGGUUACAUUUGCCAAUGAAGAGUACGCAAAAGAAGCUAAGAAAUACCUGCAUGGGCAGUAUUUUCUGGGCUAUGAACUGGGCAUCUUCCUUGUUCAGAGACAGUCCUCCCUUAACAACAACUCUAAUCUUAAACCUCCACCUCAAACAAAGCAGUUCCUGAUUUCCCCUCCUGCAUCACCUCCAGUUGGCUGGGAACAGACUCUCGAGUCUCACCCAGUGAUCAACUAUGAUCUGCUGGCUGCUGUAGCCACUUUAGACACUUCACAACCUUGCCAGCUACACAAGUCUGUUGAAGAUGCACCCAGCAUUGUGGUACACCUGUGUGAUGAAGGAGAUGUCCAAGAUGGUAUGAAUGAUGAAGGAAGCAAGUUCCACCCAUUGAAAGCAUUGCCAAGGGAAGUUGUGCAAACAAGAAGACCAGAAAGAAAAUUGUAAAGAAUAUAAAGGAAGGGUUUAUAUUUUAAAAUAUAUUAAGAGUACUUAUACAGCUUCUUAUACAGCUUCUUUGUUUUUAUCAUUGUGAUCUAAGUGACCAUUCUCUUUCACCUGAAACAUGCAAACUAAGGUGUAGUAUUAACUUUAUUUCAGUUCAGAAAACAUACUGACAAGUAAUGCCGUAUUGGUAGAGAUACAUCUUUUCAUUUGUGAAAAGUUCUGACUUGAGCACAAGGUGAAGGUGAUGAACAAGAAAAUAAAUUAGUUUAAAAUUUUAUUACCGUAUUUAUAGAGACUUCAGUCAAUCAUGUUGAUUAGUUGAAAAGAGAUAACUUAUUUAAAAACAGUAAGCACAAAAAGUCUUGUGGGUCAUUUAACUUGCAUCUUUUGCAGUUUUUUUGCAACUCCUUAAUGGGUUCAGUUUACUUCUUUAAACCUCAAGCCAAAAUGAGUAGCUAAUUAUUGUUAUCAAGCAGCUGCUGAUAAUUAUGGUUAUGAUAGUUAUGGUGAUGAUCCAAGACUGUGAGUGACUUUUUUGAUAAGUGGCUGCUAAUUGAAAGGCAUCAGAAGUAUUGCAGUAAGUUAAGUAAUUUUUCUUGGAUUCCUAGUUGUCUUUCACUGAAGAAUAGUCUAGGUUGGAUGGUCAAGACGUUUUGCCAUAUUUUUGCAUCUCAGAUUUUGAGUGCCUCUGAAAAUUUUCUUAAAAUAAGCCCGUUAUCCUUUCUGAUACCUGGUAAAAAUGUAUACCAAUGGUAUAUAGAAUGUGAUCUGUUUGUGAUCAUUACCGGUAAUUUAUUUGAUUAAAUUUUUUGCGAUCAUGCAGCUAAGCAUCAAACAAUAAUAAAUGAA